AUGUGCUUGCACACGAAAAUCCCCAUCCACCUCUCUUCCCCCUCCCCCUCCUCCCCCUCCUCCUCCUCCUCCUCCUCUUCCUCCCCGUCCUCCUCCUCCUCCUCCUCCUCCUCCUACCAAUCGCGCCUCCUCAUCCGCCAUGUCCGCCGCGCGAUCGAGUCCGGCGACAUCGACGCCGCCGUCGACCUCCUCCGCCGCCACGUCCCCGCCGUGCUCGACGACCACCGCAUCCUCUUCCGGUUGCAGAAGCAGAAAUUUAUCGAGCUUUUGAGGAAAGGGUCGGAGAGGGAUCGUGAUUCGGCUAUUCAGUGCCUCAGAGUUGCUCUUGCUCCUUGCGCCCUCGAUGCGUACCCGGAAGCUUAUGAGGAAUUCAAGCAUGUUCUGUUGGCAUUGAUAUUUGAUAAAGAAGAUCAAAACUCACCUGUGGCAAAUGAGUGGUCUGAAAGGAGGAGAUCUGAUCUUGCUGGAUUAUUGUCAUCGAUAUUAAGGGCUCACUUACAUGCCUAUGACGCAGUUUUCUCAUUGGCCUUGAGAUACUUAAUAAGCAUUCACAAAGUAUUUUGCUUGCGUCAAGGAAUUUCAUCCCCUAUAUCAGAUCUGACUGAAAGGCUGCUCUUUGAGGAUCGGGAUCCUCCAGCAAUUCCACAAGAGAGUUUUUAUGAAGCGCCACCCUUUGAUGAAGUUGACAUUCAAGCACUAGCACAUGCUGUGGAGUUAACAAGACAAGGGGCAGUUGAUAGCUUGAGAUUUGCGAAAGGCGAUCUAUUUCAAGCAUUUCAGAAUGAAUUGUGCCGAAUGAAAUUGGAUCUGACCAUUCUUGACAAGCUUGUGCAUGAGUACUGCGUGUACAGGGGAAUUGUUGAGGGUGUUCCUAGUUCUCCACCUGAUGUUAUUUUCACUGAAAGUGCACAAGAAAGCAAAGUUGAUGCAAAUAGCAAACAAGAACUCAACGGUGACAUACGGUUUGCUUGUGACGUGGGUAAUGAAAAUGAGGAUUGCAGCACCAGUGAUGUCAGCCAUCAAGAGACCUGCUCUAGGAGGCUGAGGAGGAGCAGAGAUCAUGCAUCUAGGCAGAGAAGGCGGAAAAGAUGGAGAGGACGAGUAGAAAAUCUAGAGUAUGCUUUUGAUACUCCACUUCCUGAGGCAACUAAACAAGAUCUUGUCUCUUCCACCCUUGAUACAAGUGAAGAUGGUUGUGGGGAGAAGCAGGAUUUGAAAAAGAGCUCCUUAUUUCAGCAUGUCAAUAACAUAAAAGAUCAUCGAUAUGAGAUUAUUUUGGAGAUGAAGGAGCUGGCUUCCAGGGGAUUGGCUUCAAAAGUCGUUGAAGAAGUUAAUUGCAUAGAUCCUGACUUCUUCUCUCAGAAUCCUAUUCUCUUGUUUCAGUUGAAACAAGUUGAAUUUCUUAAAUUGGUAAAUGAUGGUGAUUAUGCUGCGGCUCUUAAGGUGGCGAGCAGUCAUCUAGGCCCUCUUGCUGCAAAUAAUGAAGCUUUACUAAAGCCUUUGAAAGAAACUUUGUUGGCUUUGCUUGAACCUAGUGAAGAUGCACUUGCAAAGGGGAUACCAUUGCCGAUCCUUGCGACAUCUCUUCAGGUCGCAAUGGGCAGGAGGCUUGGUAUUGAAGAACCGCAACUGAUGAAGAUAAUGAGAGCAGCACUUCAUACACAUACUGAGUGGUUUAAGCUCCAGAUGUGCAAAGACCGCUUCGAACAACUGUUGAAAAUAGAUUUCUUGAAAGAAGUCAACUCUCCCAUGCCAAGGGACAUCAUGCAUAAGUCCUCGGUAGAUGAAUGUACUAACGGGUCAUCUCAAAUUACCACAUGUUCAAGCGGCAAAAUGCUGGACGAAGGCGGCAGUCCUCAGGUCUCAUGGGGAGAGACGGUUUGUGAUGAGACUGCAAUACUUAAAGUUAUGGAAUUCCUUGCAUUGCCACGGGCUGAUGCGAUCCAUCUCCUCAUGCAGUGUAAUGGUAAUGCUGAGACCGUUAUCCAGCAAAUUUUUUCAUAGUCUGUUGUUCAUAAGCGUCAUCUCAGUCUUUGCAUUUAUUUAUUCAAAAUACAUUUAUUUAUUCUAUCUGUGCCAUAAGUUGAUACCUGUGUUGUACUUUAGCUUUGUUAUGCAUACCUGUUCUUUAUCA